CUCUUAAUCCCAAAUCCAAAAAUACACGAAAAUAGAAAAGGUCGCAAAAGAAUAGUAGUGUGAAUUAUGAAUCGUGAUUCGUGAAACACCAAAAGAGCCCUACGCAUUCGCGAAGCCUUCAAGUUUUGCUCCCUCUUCCUCUUCUUUCUCCUCCUCUCUCUUUCUUCUUUUCUCCUUCUUUCCCGUAGAUCAGUUCAAUUCAAAAUUCCCUAACCAUUAUAGCAUUAUUCACAAUUAUUUUUAGGGUUAAACAGAAAUCAACUUGAUCGGUGAUAUCAAAUUGGUCGAGUUGUUUGUUUUGUUUUUCUGAGUUUGAAGAUGAGCGGUGGGUUUAGGUCCUCAACAAUUCCUACCAAUGUGAGGAAGACGAUUCAAAACAUUAAAGAAAUCACUGGUAAUCACUCUGAAGAUGAGAUUUAUGCAAUGCUUAAGGAAUGUUGUAUGGAUCCUAACGAAACCGCUCAAAAGCUCCUCCGUCAAGAUCCCUUCCAUGAAGUUAAAAGGAGAAGAGAUCGGAAAAAAGAGAAUCGGACUAGCCCAGAGAUUGCAGAUUCACGGUGGAGAUCAGGUCCUAAAGAACAAAGUGGUCGAGGUGGUAGGGGAAAUCAUGCAAUACGUUAUGCAGCUCAUGGUGCUGGGGCUGGAAAAAGUAUUCCUGCCAAGGAGAAUGGAAUCAGUCUAGCUUCUAACAAAGCUGGUUCUGUUCUUUGUUCUCCAGUAGUUCAGGAGAUAAACAAGAAAGAUGAUGGAAGCUCUGCGAUAGAACUUGUGAAUAGUCCCGUUGAUAUGGUCUCAGGGGGUACUAGAGCUGUGAAUGCCCCAGAUACUUUCUCUGGAAUUGCUACCAAGGAAAUUGAGUCACAACCACAUAAUGUUGGAUACAGGAGAUCCAACAUGGUGUCUGCAGCAAAUGCGGAAGUCAUCAAGCCAGAGAUUGUCGGUUCUCCUGCUUCAGAUCCUGUUAUGGUUCCAUCAAAUAAUUUGCAUUUUACUGCUGUUGUUGGUGCCAUUAAACGUGAUGUAGGAAACUAUCAUUCCCCUGUGGAGCCAAAUAUAAAUUUAUCUCUUGAAAACAAAUCUAAUGCUGGAAAUAUGGGUGGUAAGUCACAAGUAGUUGGAAAGACUCACACUGCAGAAAUUAUGCAAUCUUCAUCAAUGUGUCCUGGGAGCUCUUCAUCAAGUCGACCUUCUUCUAACUAUGGUAGUCGGUCCCAACAAGAUUUAGUCUCUCAUAAAGUGGGGCCUAAUAAAGAGUGGAAACCAAAGGUGAUCAAUGUAAACACUGUUGAAGGACCGGAAGCACCAGCUGCAUCUGAAGGCUUGGCUAUUCCUACCAAGGUUUGUGCACACAAUCAGUCUGUGGAAAGCAAUACUGAUUCAAAAGUUUCGACCAACAAGCUCUGUAAGGAUCUUAAUAAGCUGCAUGUCAGAGAAGCUCAGCAUGUCAUCAUUCCAAAUCACAUUCAUGUUCCUGAUGCUGUGCGAACUAGUUUGAGUUUUGGAAGCUUUGACUCCGCUUUGAUUAUUCCCUCAAAAUCCUUGAGUGAAUCUGAAACUGAAAACUCGAAAUCGAUUUCUGAGACAGAGCAGGGAAUUGAAGAAUUUGUGAGGGAGGAGGCCACAAGUCAAAACAAUUUGACACCUGGAGAAGGAGCUGAUUAUGCUAAUCAUUCUGAAUCACCCAAGCAAGUAGAAAGCUUGUCAUCUGAUGUUAUUGUGCCAGCUAGUUCAGUGGCUGAGUUUUGUGAGUCUACGGAGACCGAUAGUGGCAAUCAACAUUCCAGUGUUCAUAUGUCUGACGGCUUUAAUUUUGGUCUUAUGCCACCAACACUUGGAAACCCAUUAGGAUCAAUGGAAGCCUCUGAUAAUCAAGCGCACGAUGCUGCCAGAGCUUCUAGCGUUUUUGUACAACAACCGGUGGAUCCUUCAAGUUUCUAUACCCAAUAUUAUCGUUCUGGAGCGGAAAGUGAUGCCCGUGUUUCUCCUUUUCCGAUACAUGAAGUUGCUUCCAAGUACAGUGGGAAUGUUGCAGCCUUGUCUUUACAACCUCCCACAGAGUUGCAGAGUGCAAAUCCUUUAGUCUUGUCCACAGCAGCUCAAACGCCACCUGCAACUCAAGCUGCUGGGGUGAUGCAAAACACUGUAGCUGUUACUCAACAGCCUAUACCUAUUUUCCGCCAACCAGCUGGAGUUCAUAUACCCCAUUACCCUCCAAAUUAUAUUCCUUAUGGACAUUAUUUUCCUCCAUUUUAUGUCCCACCUCCUUCCACGCACCAGUUUCUUGGUAAUAAUGCUUUCCCUCAGCAAGCUCAGGAAGGCAGUGUAUAUCCAGCACAGCCUGUAGUGGCAGUUACUCCUACAGCAGUUAAAUUUCCAAUAUCUCAGUUUAAACCACCUGGCAGUGCUGGGAACUCUAUGCACAUGGGUAUGACUGGAGCUUAUGGUCUAUAUGGAGCGUCCCAAGCUGGUUACAAUUCUAUUUCAGCUACUGUUGCUGGGAACUUAGCCGCAAAUGAAGAUCUAGCUGCAUCUCAAUCUAAGGAAAACAACUUGUAUAUCACUGGGCAGCAGAGUGAAUGUCCAGCUGUCUGGAUUCCUGCACUAGGUCGUGACAUUUCCAGUUUGCCAGUGAACUCUUUUUACAAUAUUUCUCCUCAAGGCCAGCACGUUACUUUUGCACCUACACAGGCAGGUCAAGGGACCUUCGCUGGUUUAUACCAUCCUGCUCAAGCAGUUACUGCAACAACUGUGCAUCCCCUUCUACAACAGACGCAGCCCAUGCCUGGUGUUGUUGAUAUGAUGUGUGCAACAGCUAGUGUAUAUCAACAUCCUCAGCAUGCACAGAUCAACUGGCCGAAUAAUUACUGAUCUGGAGCAAUGCAUUUUUCUUGUAAUUUACACAAGAGAAUCCUUCCUUAUUGGGAGUGUCAAGUUUGGAGUAUAACAAAAAUUAUACAGGAGUUAACUGUGGUGUGUAACUUCAUAAAAGCAGGCCAAAGGUUCCAAAGGUAUCUUCUGGUGACUGGUGGUGCUAAAUCGAGGUAUAGAAGAAUCUUCUGUUGACUAUAUAUUGCAAAUUUUAGCUAGCUUGAGGUGAUAUGAGCAGGUAUAUUUCCCGCUGUUGGUAUGAGUUAUCUAAUCUUCCUGAGCAAUUUUUCGAAGUUUCUCCUUUUUCAAAUCAAAGUUUUGUUCUAGAAUUUACCUGGAGUGACUGGUAGUAAUGUAUUUUCAUUGUUGAUGAAAGUUAGGAUUUUCUAAAAAGGCUAAGAUUUAGGUUAGCGAGAUUGCCCCCUCUUGUCCGAUUUUUUCUUUCUGUUCCAUUAUUUUGUAAAGUGAAUUUUGUUGGAAAGAAAAGGAUGUAUUGAAUGCUGAAACUGUUGUAUUUGGUAUAAGCAAAAGCAGCUCUCAAUUGUUUUAGUUUAUACAUGCUGUCUCUUUACCA